AUGUUCCCAGCCCUUGACAUGGUGGCAAUCCUGUUGGAUGCAGCAGCAACACAGGCUCGCACCGCCCCUGACGCCCUUGUUCUGCUCGACCAGGCUCGCACUGUUUUGACAGCCUGGCAGACGGACCAGCAAGGACUGAAGGAAGAAGACAAGGGCCGCGGGGGGAAGAAUCAGCCGGGGAAGCAGCACCACCACCAGCAGCAUCAAGAGCGAGAGGAAGACAGUAGCAACAACUUAAACUCAGUGCAGUGGGCAACAGCAGAGCGGCUGCUUCAGAGGCUGGAGGCCAUUCAGAAUCAGGACCCCACCACGCCUCUCCCAAGCCUUCUUGCCGCUGUGCAGCCGCACCUGUCGCCGUCUCCGGGCCUGUCAGGCUCGGCAGGGGUGCGGCGUGGCCCCAAGGCUCGGGCGGUGAUGGCGCUGCAGCAGGUGGUGGCUGAUUGCGAGGCAGGCACGGCGCAAUUCGUCAGUGAGGUCCUUUGGGCCCCAAGGCUCGGCUCGGGCGGUGAUGGCGCUACAGCAGGUGGUGGCAGAUUGCGAGGCGGGCACGGCACAGUUUCUGAGACGUGUUUGAAGUAUGGGUAUGCAUUUCUACUGAGAUUCAUGAUUCUUCGGGGUAAGUCGAGUGGCAAUGAUGUCGCUGCAGCACUUUUGAGAAUUCUCAAAGGCAAUGAUGUCGCUGCAGCACUUUUGAGAAUUCUCAAAGGCAAUGAUGUCGCUGCAGCACUUUUGAGAAUUCUCAAAGGCAAUGAUGUCGCUGCAGCAGGUGGUGGCGGACUGCGAGACAGGCACAUCACAGUUUGUCAAUGA